AAGAUGGACGGGCAAAGAAUUGCCCAAACCUCUAAAAUCUAGUUUCGCCUUCGAGCCUAGACUGUUUAAAGUAAGUCAGCGUAGUAGGGAUCGACUUAUCUUCUUCUCUUCAAGACCUGCAUCCAAACUACGUAAGAGAAAGGUAUAGAGAUAAGGAUCGGUUAAUCCCGUAUAGUCCCCAAUAUAUCGACUGACGUGCCAAUCUGCGGGGCUUCUAAUACAAAUUGCUUUCUUUAUAGUCCGUAUCCCUUCGCUCGUGAAUAACUUGGUGUAACAAACACUAACUCGCACCUGUACACAAUGUCGACGACAACAAUCACGCAAACGAGAAAGACCCGUGAUACGGAGCCGUUGGGGAAAUUGCGUUAUGUUGCGACUGAGCAUGUCCCUCAGGCAAGCCCUCAUCACUUUCACCUCCCCGCUCUGACCGAGUUUGGUGAUGAACGUUUCCUCCCGCUUCAUAGCUUGCGGCCCAUUCCUACGGUCUCAGACCUGCCUGGUCGCAUUGACCACGCUCAGUUAGAUACUCAUGGAUUUACUGCGAUUCGGCACACCACUCCUCUACAUGCGUUACCCCAAGGCGCUCAAUCGUUCAAGAACCCUCAGCUUCUCAAGGAAUUUCUCAUUCCUGACAUAGCUGAGAUGAUGAAGCAGCUAACGGGUUGCAAAACCGUCUCCACCGAAGCGUUCUUACUAAGGACAUCCGUCUGGACUGAGACUGAUUCUCUUGUAACUCACGGGGAAAAUGCAACGGAGGCAUCCGAGUUGGAGACCAGUUUCCCGCAAUUCAUCGGGUUCAACCCAACGUACGGUGGCGCGAGCCCAGCAUCCAAGAUACAUUUGGACUACUCACCAAAUGGCGCACGAACUCACAUUCGGAAGUUCCAUCCGGAUACUGCCAAAGCUGCAGCUGAUAUCAUACACCAUGAAGACGAGCUGUUGGCGGCCGGGAAGAGUCUGAAAGAGUCUUACAAAGACAGUGGCGGACCGCGAUGGGCACUGUACUCUAUCUGGAGGCCCCUGAAAACUGUCAAGAGAGACCCGCUAGCAGUAAUUGACUACAGAACGAUUAACGAAGAGGACUAUAUACCUGUGGACAUAAAGACCCCAUGUCUGGGCCUUGGGACGAAUGAAUCGCAUCUUGCCGAAGGUCUCGUAGCGAGAUACUCCGAAAGCCACAAGUGGUGCUGGAUAGACAGACAGACCCCUGAAGAAGUCUUAAUCCUAAAGUUCUUUGAUAGUGAUGCUGAAAAGGAUGGAUGCACUGCGUCUGGGGGGACAUUUCACUCGAGCGUGGAAUUGCCUAGGACAGAGAACGAGGAAGCUCGAGAGUCACUAGAAAUUAGGUGUCUCUGUAUUUGGUAAUUGAAGUAGGACAGGAUAAGGAUGGAGGCGUACGCCACUAUCUUAUUUCCCCAACACUAUGUCCUAUUGGAUGAUC